GUUUACGUCCAGAAAUUCCAUCUCAUAUGCCUAAGUUAUUAACUAAAUUAAUUAUGGAAUGUUGGGAUGCUCAACCUGACAAAAGGCCAACUUCUAAAAAAUUAUUUACCAUUAUAAAUAAAUGGGAUAUGAAUAGUAAUAGUUUAUUUGCUGGAUUUAUUACACCAAAGCUACCUUUCUGGAAACUACAUUCUGAAGCAAUUUAUACAAGCAGACUUCUUGAUACCUCCAAUCUUCCACCACCAGUAAAUACACCGGAUUUUGAAAAACAGCUUAGCAAAUUAGUUUCUGAAGCAGAAUAUUUUAGAUAG